AUGCGAACCGUAAUAAAAUGUAAAAAAAAGCCAGGUAGAAAAGUGGUGUCAGGCAGCGCGAGCAGCGGCGGUAUGCGGGUGUUGAUCGCAGCAUUUGCGGCGCUGCUCGUCCGCGCGUCGGCCAGCCCGCACGAGCACCGCGCUCGUCACCACGCCCCGGACCACUCGUCGCAUUUCCCCAUCCCGGCCCCUCCGCAGCCCUACAGGGGGCACGGGGAAGCCGUGCGAUACAACCCCGAGUCUGACACCAUCCUUCCUCGCAUCGAGGAGCAGGAGACCUCCUCGAAACGCGCUCGCCUCGAAGAGACCGAAACCUCUUCCAAGAGAGCUCACGAUGAAAGGUUCUACUCGAACCAUGAGCGAGUCGAAGAGCUCAUGGCCGAUGAACCUCACUAUGGCCCAGACGAGGAGGAUCCGCUGAUAAUUCGCACCAGGAAGGGGCGAGUCAAAGGAAUAACCCUCACGGCCGCGACCGGUAAAAAAGUGGACGCUUGGUUCGGUAUUCCUUACGCUCAAAAACCGGUCGGAGACUUAAGAUUCAGACAUCCACGACCCAUCGAGAGCUGGGGUGAGGAGAUACUCAAUGCGACGACACUGCCACAUUCGUGCGUCCAAAUUGUAGAUACGGUGUUCGGCGAUUUUCCCGGCGCCACGAUGUGGAAUCCCAACACGGACAUGCAGGAAGACUGCCUCUAUAUUAAUAUAGUUUCACCGAAACCGCGGCCAAAGAAUGCAGCUGUAAUGCUGUGGGUCUUCGGGGGAGGGUUUUAUUCUGGAACCGCGACUUUGGACGUGUACGAUCCUAAAAUUCUCGUGUCCGAAGAAAAUAUCGUAUAUGUCUCGAUGCAGUACAGAGUCGCCUCGCUCGGGUUCCUCUUCUUCGAUACCGCCGAUGUUCCGGGCAAUGCGGGGCUCUUCGAUCAAAUAAUGGCUCUGGAGUGGGUCAAAGAUAAUAUCGCAUACUUUGGGGGAAAUCCCCAUAACAUAACGUUAUUCGGAGAGUCGGCCGGUGCGGUGUCGGUCUCGCUUCAUCUGCUUUCGCCUCUCUCGAGAAACUUAUUCUCUCAGGCCAUUAUGCAAUCGGGUGCAGCAAGCGCGCCAUGGGCGAUCAUUUCAAGAGAGGAAAGUAUUCUGCGUGGAAUGCGUCUGGCAGAAGCUGUGCACUGUCCGAGUUCUAGAACUGACAUGGGGCCCAUGAUAGAGUGUUUAAGAGAGAAGAGCGCCGACGAACUUGUCAACAACGAAUGGGGGACUCUGGGCAUAUGUGAGUUUCCAUUCGUCCCGAUCAUCGACGGCUCGUUCCUAGACGAGAUGCCUAGACGAUCUUUGGCGCACCAGAAUUUUAAGAAAACCAAUAUACUCAUGGGUUCCAACACUGAGGAGGGAUACUAUUUUAUACUAUACUAUUUAACCGAACUGUUUCCUAAAGAAGAAAACGUCGGCAUUUCUAGAGAACAGUACCUGCAAGCCGUGAGAGAAUUAAACCCAUAUGUGAAUGACGUGGCACGCCAAGCUAUCGUAUAUGAAUACACGGAUUGGAUCAAUCCGGAAGAUCCCGUUCAAAAUCGCAACGCUCUCGACAAAAUGGUCGGGGACUAUCAUUUCACGUGUGGAGUCAACGAGUUUGCGCAUCGAUACGCUGAGACUGGAAAUAAUGUCUACAUGUACUAUUACAAGCACAGGAGCAAGAAUAACCCCUGGCCGUCUUGGACUGGUGUGAUGCAUGCAGACGAAAUCAACUACGUUUUCGGAGAGCCACUGAAUCCCGGCAAAAACUAUUCUCCAGAGGAAGUUGAUUUCAGUAGACGCCUGAUGAGACACUGGGCUAAUUUCGCAAGAUCCGGGAAUCCAUCUUUAAAUGCCGCCGGGGAUAUGAUGAAAGACCCGUGGCCGAUACACACAGCAUCAGGUCGUGAAUACAUGUCCCUCGCCUUGAACUCCACUGCCGUGGGGCGUGGUUUGCGAGUGAAACAGUGCGCAUUUUGGCAGAAAUAUAUUCCUCAAUUGAUGGCGGCGACGAGCAAAGCAGAACCGCCCCAGAACUGCACGAACGCAGCGGCACCACCGCCAAUGUCUUUUCUGACUCUAAGCUUUACCUUCGUCACGGUCUACCUAAACGCAAUGUGGUUCAAAUAA